UGCGUAGCUCAUUCUUCCCAUUUCCAAAAUUGGGGUUUGGAAAUUCUCGAAAUGUCGGAGAACAUCAGCAUCGGAAGCAAUCGGAGUGCCGGGCCGGACUUUAACCUUUCCGAUGAAAUACUUUCAGUUAUUCCGACCGACCCAUACGAACAAUUAGACCUUGCCCGAAAAAUCACCUCCAUGGCAAUCGCUUCUCGCGUUACAAACCUUGAGUGUGAAAUUAGCAGGCUCCGACACAAUCUCAAUGGAAAGGAUCGGGUCAUAGUAAACCUCGAAGAUAAGGUCUCUCAGCUGGAACAAGCGUGUCGCGAAGCCGAAUUGCGAUUGAACGUCACUCUCCAAGAUAAUAUGAAGAUGUCCAAGGAGAGAGAUGAUUUGUUUUUUACUGCAAAGAAGCUUGCUCGCGACUUAACAAAGCUGGAGACCUUUAAAAGACAGUUGAUGCAGUCUUUGAGUGAUGAUGACUCAUCUCAGGCCGAAACUGUUGACAUUGGCACUUAUGAUCAAUCUGUUCACAAGUCAUAUCCUUUGAAAGAGGAGGUGAAUGGCUACACAGCGCAUCAUUCUUUCGGUGGUUCUGUGGACGGCAGAGGAAGUAGUGGUGCUGCCUCAAAGCAAGCUUUGCAAAGAUUUUCCAGCCCCUACCUAUCACCGCUGCUUACUCCAAGUGACGCGCCAAAAAUAACUUCCGCUAGUGUAUCCCCGAGAGGAUAUUCUGCUGCAGUAUCUCCUCAGAGGACAUCUGGCAGCACCUCUCCAACAAUCCCUCAAUUUCAACGCCGAGUUUCAGUGUCAUCAUUCUAUCCUUCGAGUCAACAGUCCUCAGCAGCUAACUCUCCUCCAAGGGCACGGCCAAAACCAGCUCAAACUCCUCGAGUUGAUGGGAAGGAAUUCUUUCGUCAAGCCAGGAUUCGUCUAUCUUAUGAGCAGUUCAGUGCGUUUCUAGCAAACAUAAAGGAAUUAAAUGCUCAAAAGCAAUCUCGUGAGGAAACUCUGAAAAAAGCAGAAGAAAUUUUUGGAAUGGAUAACAAAGAUCUCUAUCUAUCAUUCCAAGGGAUGCUUAACCGCGGUGUUCGUUGAAAGUACAGAAAAUCUUGGUUGUGUAUUUCCCAAUCUUAUGGUAGCUUAAACAUUUAACAAGAGUCUUGCUUAGUGGCUGUUGUUUUGCAUGUGUCUAAAGUUGAGCAACGGACAUGUGAAACUCUUGAGGUUCAGGAUCAUCACUAAACAUCAGCUGAGUAAACUUUUGAGCUGCAACGUUCUAGAAAUUCAAAAAAAUUUAAACAAUUGAGAUUGGUGAAAAUUAUGCUAGCUGGCGAGUCAGUGAUCUCAAGUUAAAUUUUUCUGUAAAUUAUUCCUUUCUUUUUCUCUCAUUUCAUUUUCUCACUUACGAUUUUCACCAUAAAGUGUGGCAUAUCUGAGAGGAGCGAGUGGUGCCACAGCAGACGACAGUUGAAUCAACUAGUGAGUUGGAUUUCCAUCGAUCUGUUGCUGAGAUGCUGCUCGCUCUCUUUCAUUUGCAACGGCGCAUGGGUAUGUAUUUGUUCUACUAAAUUGUUAGCAGCUUGCAACUCUCUUCUGUUGAGAAAUGAGUAUCUGCAGUAUUGGCACUACUGAUAUCAUGCAGACAUCAUCAGUAUGUAAAUUGACGUGUAUACUGUUGAUACGUAGCAUCCAGAACUAUGAUGUUGUAGUUCCAUCUACUGUAAGAAUUUAAGUUGAUACACUGUCGGUGUCAAAAUAGGUAACUGAAUUUGCAGUUUUAUCACAGGUUGGUACUUGUCAAAUUUGUUUUC